AUGGCGGAGCCUCAGCUUGAACUCCAGCCUCUUGGACGCUGCAUUCUCUCAACAUUCGUGGCCUUGGCCGACGCGCCGUGGGAUGACGGCAAAAACAGUGAUUUACCUUCUAAGAGUCGAAUCUCAACUCAAUAUCAGAGGUUCAUACUGUGGGCUCGCAGUCUGGGCAUGAACCAGGUGGGACAUGCGUCGCUUGACUACCGUGUCCGAGAUGCGCCCGUCGUCAAAGCCUCCUUGGCCGAACUAUUAGGAGAAUUGAAGGAGCAUCUGGAGAAUUUGGCCUCGAUUAUCCUGGGCGACCGACUGCCCCUAGAACAGGACGCCAGCAGCCAUCAAACAGGGGCAGCGUAUUCGAGUGAUGACGGUCUUUCGGACGACGAGUCCUCGCUGUCGUCUCUCGGCAGCAUUGGAUCGUUCAAAGAAGUCGAGUUCAGACUGGAAAGCAUCGCCAAAAGGCUAGACUCGCUCUACGAACUUGCAUCACGGAUCCGCAGCCCGCGCACCCGACUUCAACGACCUGUCAAGGACCUGUACAAGCACCUUCCUGAAAAAGAUCGAACAGGUUACAUCGAAGCCCAAAAACAGAUUGAGAUCUCGCGAGUCGCUUACGUGCAGCAACAGAAGUUGCAGCAAGACUUCACUGAUGAGCAACUCUGUGAACUUGGGCUGAGCAAGGACCAGCUUCUCACAGAUUAUGGUUCAGCGAACAACUGGUUGAUUCAACGAACUGGCAUUGCAAACUCUCGAAGGAGACAACAGAUUGCUUACUGGAAGAAACAUGCCGAGAUACUGGGCCGUGACAUGGCAGAGAUGCAGCUGCCAACAACCACCGAUGAGCAGAACAAGAGAGUUACGCAAGUCCAUGCCUCAGAGAAUGUUGGCAAGAAGCUUUAUGAUCCAAAUUCAAUCGCAACAUCAGCGACAAGGGUCAAUUCGGACGCCCCAGGACUUGGCGACACCCAAUCUGUGAUAUCAACACAUAGCCGUGUCUCCACAGUAAUCGGCCCAAAGGGAGAGAUUCUGACAUGGCCAUCGCCUCCGAAGAAGCUGGUUGAAACCAAGUACUUCUCCUGCCCCUACUGCUGCGUUCUGUGCCCCGAGGCAUAUCUUGUUCCUGACAAGUGGCGAGUACACCAGACCCAUGACCUUCAGCCUUAUCACUGCACGUACGAGGAUUGCAAUGAUCCCAACCGGGUUUACGGGCUGCGACAGGACUGGAUCGACCACGAGAAUCAACACCGCCGCGUAUGGCACUGUCACAUCCAUGGGAAAGAAUUCGAAACGCAGCCCGACUAUUUACGGCAUUUACACGACAAGAGACACGAGCACAAGCCAGAGGAUGGAUUGCCGGAUAUGGUCGCUGCCGUCGUCGGAUCAUCCUCAAAACCCCAUCGCGACUGUCCCUUUUGUCCCACAGCGUUCUCUGAUGUUCCAACCAUGCAGAGGCACGUGACGUAUCACCUAGAGAGGCUCGCGUUAUACGUUCUUCCAGAUAUCGAAGAGCAGGAGGGGGAUGAGUUGGUCUCUGACCAAGCUUCUUACAGCCAAAGGCCUGUGGAAAAAAAAGGACGACAAGAAUCAAUCGCCUACGACUUCCCUGAAGAAGAUGAAGUGUCCCUCUUGGAGUUUUUUGACGACCAGAGAUCUGAGGAGACUUUUCUGGAAUGGCAAGAGGGCCAAGACCUUGAUAAAAAUCUGAACACUGAAGAAAAUGAGGUGUUUUUCUUAGAGAUUCUUGACCGCCGGACGUCUGGAAACACUCCUCUGGGACAGCAAGAGGCCCAAGGCUUGGAUAAAAAUCUGAACUUGAUGCAGCCAGCUGGACCUGAAACGAAAACGGGCGUUAUCAUGACGUGGCUGUCGAAAGUUGCCCCCGAUGGAAUGCACCUAUUGUCGACUCCCGAACCACACAAGUUCAAGUGGAGCGAGACCAGUCGACACGGUGAGCUGGACUAUCUUCGAGCGGAAAAGAUACAAUUAGAGGAGGAAAGAGAUAUGCUCAACGAUAUACUCGCCGGCGAAGAAGCCCAUCUUUACAACCCCGAGGAACAAAAGAAACAGAUAGAGGCUGCACAAAGCCGUCUACCCUAUAUUGACGAAAAGAUCCAAGUCAUCAAUCUGAAGAUCCUUAUUAUACGCGAGUCUGAAUAUAGUUCUCGUGUUCAACAUUGGGAAAGAGAGCUUAAGCUUGCAAAUAUGAAGGUAGAGUUAUAUGAGAUGGAUGGCCCUGAGUAUAAGCGGGAGGAGCUGGAGGCUGCUAUUGCAAGGUUUGAUGGUGAGAUGGCAGGACCGGCCUAG